GUGUGGUCACAGCAGUAGCUGGGAGAGAGGUGGUACUUUGUAGAGAUGGCAGCAGAUCAAUACUAAUGCAUUCCCUUUCUCACAAGUCCUCCUGACGAACACUGCUCUUCAUUAGAGAGAGGGAGAGUCAGGCACAGAACAAGACGGACCUUCUUCGUUUUAAGCAUCCUUAUUCUGACUAGCUACCGUUUGGAAAAUGACAGAGAUCAUCACAGCAUCACUGAAUCUCUCAACCUCCCUUCUCUUCGACAACUCAACCUUCCCCCCAUACCGUCAACCCCUCUGGACCUCCUCCUUCCUCUCUUCCACCCCUCCUCCCCCUGACCUGGUGGUGUCCCCCAACGUUGUGUACAUGGUGGCUGAACUCAUCAUAGCAACCCUCUCCACCGUGGGUAACCUGCUGGUGUGUGCCGCCGUUGGCCUCAACAGGAAGCUACGUACUGUCACCAACUACUUCCUAGUGUCGCUGGCCGUAGCCGACAUCUGCGUGGGUGCACUGGCCAUCCCUUGCGCCAUCCUCACUGGCGUUGGCGUGCCCCGCCACAACCUCUACCUGUGUCUGCUGAUGCUAAGUGUGCUCAUCAUGCUAACCCAGAGCUCCAUCUUCAGCCUGCUAGCUGUAGCUGUGGAGCGCUACGUGGCCAUCUUCCUGCCCUUCCGCUACCACACGCUUAUGACGCCACGCAACGCUAUCCUAGUUAUCCUGGUGACCUGGGUGCUGGCUUUCCUCAUUGGCCUGGUGCCCCUCAUGGGCUGGCACAAAACGCCGCCCGACUCGGGCUACUGCUUCUUUGUGUUCGUGGUGGACAUGACCUAUAUGGUCUACUUCAACUUCUUUGCCUGCGUGCUGGCGCCCCUGGUGGUCAUGUUCCUCAUCUACGCCAAGAUCUUCGUGACAGUCAAGCGGCAGGUACGGCGCAUCGCAGCAGAACGCGGGGGCGGCGUGGGGGGUGCGGAGGGGCAGGCAGCCCAGGCGGCCAGCAUGAAGAGGGAGAUAAAGACGGCCACGUCGCUGUUCCUCGUCCUCUUCCUCUUCACUGCCUGCUGGAUACCGCUGCACGUCAUCAACUGCUUCCUGCUGCUCUGCCCCGGCUGCCCUGUGCCUCUGGAGCUCCUCCUCACCGCCAUUAUCCUAUCACACGCCAACUCUGCCGUUAACCCCUUCCUGUACGCGUACAAGAUGAAGACCUUCCGGAACACCUUUAAGGCCAUCUUCCUCUGCUGUAGAGCUCUAGGGGACUGGGAGGAGGCGGCCGAUGGCGGUGGGACCACCACCCACAGGACCUGACCGAAGACCCGUUGGUACCGUCUGACUCACCACUCCUUAAUGUUCAACUGGUGAGGAUUAUGUACCAUCUGGUGGUCGUUAUGCCCAGAGAACUGUCUUUUACAAUAAACAGAACUGCUAGAAUAUCAGGGCCACAUCUCCCGACUAACGUUAAUAUACCACUAUGUACAUUCCAGUAAAGUUGAAGUUGUUGGACACCAGACUACUUUAUUUGCUUCAUUAGAGAAAG